AGGGUUCAGGUUUCGUCGUCGUAACUAGAUCGAUUUCCGCUGAUCUGUCAGAACCUCGCCGUCGUCGACAUGGCGGCCGCGCUCCAAACCCUCGACGCAGGUGCCGUCGCCGCCAAUCCGGUUGUUGCUAGAAAGAGGAGGUCGAAUCACAGCAAAGCAAAGAGCUCAAGGAAGAGGUUAAGGCAGAGGACGACACCCAUGGGAACCGCCAAGCAUCAGAAACCUACCGAGAAGAUGAAGAAGCUGUUCCAGAAGAGAGCCAGGGAGUAUAACUCAGACGAGGAGGAGGAUGACGCAGACAAAGAUUUCCCAGAGGAUCCUUCUAGCGACGAGGAAAAAGACGAGGACUUGGGUGUGGGAGAUUACGGAAGUGGCGGCUCUGAAGGCGAUGAGGAGGAUGAGGAGGGAGUGAAGCAUGGGAUUACCAGGCUCCUCGAGGGUUGCAGGGCUUUUAAGGUCGCUUUUGCAAAGAUUAUGAAGAGGAACCUCCCUGAUGAUCCCCUUGGUCCAAUAUUGUCAGCGCACAAAAAGCUUGUCGCGGAGAAGCUUGCAGAAGAGGAUUCUGAACAGAAGAUGAAGGGGGAGACGAAAAAGCAAAGACAUUCAGCAGACGAGAAGGGCCACACAAAGCCUGACAAUUUCUUAGAUGCAAAGGAGAAGUUUCUUAUCAGUGUUGCAACUAAAGGAGUUGUGAAGCUAUUCAAUGCAGUAAGUAAGGCACAGAGUUCACAAAGUGGCUCGAAUCCUUCGAGUUCCAAAGAUGCAAAAGUGCUGGCAAAAAGAAGAAAACAAGCUUUUUUUUCAGAGCUACAUAAGCCAGCACCACAAGUAUGCUAUUACUCUUCAUCACACGACUUGUUUUGGUUGUACUUUCUACCUGGAUGGGCUCCCCUACGUGACAGUUACAUGCUUACACAUUCGAAGUUGAAGGACUGGGAUAAAAUGGAGGAACCUGCAGCAGCAGUCAAUGGGGAGAAAGUUUUAUCUGAUAGUUCUUCAGAUGACGAAUAGUAACUGGAAGAACAUUACUGGAUGCGCUCCUCAGUGCUAGAAGCUCGGUUUGCAGAAAAAGAAGGUAAAUUAUUCUCAGUAUUUCACGGUAGAGAUUGAGUUUAUAGGCACCAGCGAUCCUUGUGAAUUCGAUCUGGUAGUUUGGAGAUGAAACUAUCUCGGCAAACUAUGCUACUUCAUGUUCGAUAUAAGUCACUAUUUUCAUAGUUGUAAGGGAUUUGCUAAAAGUUUAGAAAAGGUAGAUUGUGGAGGGACAUGUAAAGGCUCUCCUUUCACAGUUUCUAAGGCGCAAAUUAGAGCAAUGUCAACAAUUUGUUUCUUAUUACUGCAAGAAAGGUACAAUGUUCUUUUGUUUUUAGUCAUUAAUCAAUCUUCAUUUGUCA